AUGACAACUCUUAAUGAACUCAUAGAUGCCCAAAAAGAAAAGGGCGAAGAGAUUCAGCGAAUCAUCAGGAACUUCAAAAAGGAUUCGGCUGAACGCAAGCAAACAUCAGCAUACUACAGUGAAAGAUUUCGUCGACUUGAUGUUGCUUGGAAGCAGUUUGAACAAACGGACACAAUGCUCAGAACUCUCAUCGAUCAACCGACAGAUGAUGAGUAUUUUACAUCUUCCUAUUACGAGAAAAUAAGAGAACUAACAAAUGAAUACAGUGAAAUAUUCAAGACAGAAGCCCUUCGGAUCAAAGCAGCAGACAACUUUGGUGAAGCUGCUAAUAACCAAGAGGCAUCACAGCCGUUACUAGUGGUUACGACAAAUGGUUUGAUAAGAAAAAUAUCUGCUCGAAUGGCAGCUCUAAAAAGAUUAGUAGAGAGCUUGUCAGAGAGCGAAGGCAUACAGCCACUUCAAUAUUACGAAAUUAAAUCAAACACAAUCAUGCAACAUUGGAACCAAUUGGAAUGUUUGCAUGAUGAACUAUGGGAAAACUUUGAAAAUCCACUGAUGUCAGGAUUCAAUCAAGAUGAGUAUUACCAAAUUGAAGACUUGGUACAACAAUGUUUGAUAGAGUUGUCCAUAAAAUUGGAUCAAUUACAACAGAAACAAGCAACAGUAGCAGAACCAAACAUGCGGUCCUCACUGCCAUUGCCAAAGGUAACGAUCCCAAGUUUUAAUGGGAAUUACUUAAAAUGGAGGCAAUUUUUUGACUUGUUUACACAAAUGGUAGACAAUCAGCCACUACCAGCUGCUCAAAAAAUGUGGUACUUGACAUCACAUGUGACAGGUGAAGCUGAAAAAUUGAUAAGUCAUUUCAGCAUAACGGAGGACAAUUAUUUGGCAGCUUGGACAUUACUGCAAGACCGUUAUAAUAAUAAAAGGGUCUUGGCGUCCACAUUAAUCGAUGAACUUCUACAUCAGCCAUCAGGCACAUCAACUGUGGCAGCAGUUAAAAAUUUACAUGACACAACGAAAGAGUGUCUAUUAGCACUAAACAAUCUUGGCGUUCAAACGACAUUUUGGGACCCAAUUUUGUUACAGGUACUAAUUAAAAAACUCGAUCGAGCGAUGCUCAUUAGAUAUGAGCAAUCUUUGGCAAAACCAAAAGAGAUACAAAACAUUCAGGAGUUUUUAGCCUUUUUAGAACUACAGUUCCAACUGAUGGAAGUUGUAGAACAAAAAGAUAAGGUGGCUAUAAUCGAAAUAACUCAGUGUCAUCGGCUGAAUGAUCAUGUGGUGAACAAAUGUUCAUCAAGAAGUUGUACCAAAUGUAAUAAAAAGCAUAACACGUUGCUACAUUUGGAAGUUACAAAACAGAACAUUCAACCUAGCUCAAGUGGGUACAACACCGCAGUUACCACAGCGACAGCAAACACAUCCACAGGUCAUCGUGAUUAUGUUCUCUUGCCAACUGCAAGAGUCAAAAUAACUGCAUCGAAUGGAAAUACAAGUGAAGUCCGAGCAUUACUAGACUCUGGUUCGCAAGUGAACAUAGUCUCUGAGCGUCUUGUCAAAAGGAUCAAUAUAUCAAAAACAAAAUCGUUAUUGUGCAUAGAAGGGAUAGGAAAGGUUCAAAAAAAUUCAACGCAGCGAGUUAACAUCAAAUUGCAAUCACUUAACUCAAGGUUUACUACAGAAGUCGAAGCGUUUGUGCUUCCAAAUAUAGUUCCACCUCAACCAAGUUGCAGUUACGAUAUUUCCAAAUGGAAGGUCCCGAACACCAUUCAGUUAGCAGAUCCAACAUUUUUCCAACAAGGGAAAAUUGAUAUUUUACUCGGUGCGGAGUUCUAUUUUAGUCUGUUAAAGAAAGGUAAAUUAACGCUUGCUCCUGGGCUUCCAGUCUUGCAAAAUUCUACACUUGGCUGGAUUGUCAGUGGCAAGGUUGCAUUAAAUACAGACACAUCAAACGUUUUAUGUGCAGUUUUUGGCGGUGGGGCGGAGGUUGUUGAUAAUAAUUCAUCGUUAGAAGAUGCAAUUGAACGAUUAUGGCGAAUGGACGAGGUGAAUACAACAGAGAGGACAUUAUCCAAAGAAGAAAAAUUAUGCGAAUCUCAUUUUGUGCAGAACGUCCAUACAAAUAAAGAAGGACGUUUUGUGGUAAGGUUGCCGUUUCUGGAAAACUCAUUGACGUUAGGGGAAUCUCAAGAAACAGCUUGGAGAAGGUUCAUCAGUCUUGAACGACGACUAGCAAAAAAUGAUGUUUUGCGGAAACAAUAUGUCCAGUUUAUGGAAGAGUAUGAGCGAUUGGGUCACAUGACUGAAGUAAACUUGGAUUCCAUGUUGACUCCAAGAUAUUUCAUUCCUCAUCAUUGCGUACUAAAACCAGAUAGUACAACUACUAAACUUCGAGUGGUGUUUGACGCAUCAGCCAAAACUACAUCUGGACACUCGUUGAAUGAUUUAAUGUAUAACGGACCGACAGUUCAAAGUGAACUCUUUUCAAUUCUGCUCCGUUUUAGGCGACCACGGUUUGUUUUUACCACAGAUAUCGAAAAAAUGUAUCGUCAAGUUCUGAUAAAUCCUGAAGAUCGACGCUAUCAACUUAUCAUUUGGAGAAGCAGUCCAAAUUCAACGAUUCGUUAUUAUCAGCUAAACACAAUUACAUAUGGGAUUCGAGCAGCUCCUUACCUAGCAACAAGAUGUCUGGAAAAGAUAGCAUCAGAAAACAAGGUGAAUUAUCCAUUAGGAGCUCAAAUCCUGUGUGACAAUUUCUACGUCGACGAUGGGCUCGGUGGAUCAGAUAGUUUAAUUACGGCUAUUGAAGCUCAAAGACAACUAAUCCAUAUUUUGAAGAAGCAACAUUUUUGUCUUCGGAAAUGGAGCGCAAAUCAUCCUCAACUGUUGAAAAACAUUUCUCAAGAUGAUCAAGAGGUAAAUCUAGAUUUCGAUAAUAACGAGUCAAUCAAAACGCUGGGAUUAUUUUGGUUGCCCAAGGCGGAUUUAUUUGGAAUUAAGGUCAAAAUGGUUACUGAAGGAAUAAUCACGAAGAGAGUCGUUAGUUCUGAUUUAGCUAGACUGUUCGACCCACUUGGGUUAUUAGCUCCAGUAAUAGUGAAGGCAAAGAUUUUCAUACAACACUUAUGGCAGUUGAAAUUAUCUUGGGAUGAACCACUUCCUACAGAUCUUCGUACAACGUGGUCAACAUUUAGAGAAAACUUAAGUACUCUUGAAAAUCUUCAGGUGGCAAGACAUAUCUUCAGAGGCGAGGUUCCAUCAUCAACACAGCUACAUAUUUUUGCUGACGCGUCUGAAAAGGCAUUUGGCGCUGCAGCAUAUGUCAGAGCAAUUUUAAAAGAUGGUAGAAUAAUAGUGCGACUAUUAUGUGCAAAGUCAAGAGUAGCUCCACUCAAAAAACAAACGCUACCGCGACUAGAGUUAUGUGCGGCAGUCUUAGCAGCGGAACUCUCAGCAAGAGUGAAAAGCGAUCUUCAAGAGAAGGACCAGCCGGUAUUUUUGUGGACUGAUUCAGAAAUUGUGUUAUCUUGGAUCAACUCACAGUCCUUAUCAUUUCAAACAUUUGUAGCUAACAGGGUGGCAAGAAUUCAAACUUUAACUCUGUCUGAACAGUGGCGCCAUGUUAGGUCAAACGACAACCCAGCUGAUGUGUUAUCAAGAGGACUUUCAGCAAGGGCGUUGUCAACAUGUGCACUUUGGUUUCAAGGACCGUUCUUUUUGCAUGGAAGACAGGAAGUAUUGCCACCAAGGUUUUCAUCAUCAUUACAAGUUCCAGUCGAUCUGGAGAAGAAGAAGGUUGUAGCUGUAGCAACUCAAAGCAAUGACGCAGAUUUCAUAUACAGGAUUCAGCAUAAGAAUUCAUUUAAGACGUUACAAAAGAUAGUAGCAUAUGUUCUUAGAUUCACUAACAACGCAAGAAAAUCAAAGGAGUCACGUGCCACACAUAUAGUACUUAGUGCCAACGAAUUGGAUGCAGCAUUAAUAACUAUAAUAUUUCACAUUCAGGGUAAUGAUUUUCAUGAAGAAAUCAAACAACUGAAGAAACAAGGUCAUGUUGAUAAAUCUAGUUCAAUCAGUAGUUUAUCUCCAUUCAUUGAUAAUGCAAAUGUUCUUAGAGUAGGAGGACGCUUAGAAGCCUCAUCAUUACCAUACGAUUCUAAACACCCAAUGCUGAUCCCAUACAAUGAUCCAUUGGCAAAAUUAUUAUUCGUGAUGUUCCAUGAAGAAAACAAACACUGUGGCCCACAGGCACUAUUGAGUACAGUCCGACAACGUUUUUGGCCGAUUAAAGGUAAAUCAACAGCCAGAGCAACGGUUCAGCGAUGCAUUCGAUGCAACAAAGCACGUCCGCAACUAUGCCAACAAAUUAUGGGCAAUUUACCAGAAUCAAGAAUAACUCCUGCAAGACCCUUUAUUAAUGCUGGUGUAGAUUAUUGCGGACCAUUUUGGAUCCACUACAAGGUGAGGGGCAAAAAGCCAACAAAGGCAUAUAUUGCUGUCUUUUGUUGCUUUUCUACAAAGGCGGUACAUCUCGAGUUAGUGACCGACUUAUCAACAAAUGUUUUCAUUGGAGCAUUGAAACGAUUUAUAAGUCGACGAGGGCGUUAUUUGAAUAUUUACAGUGAUAACGCAACAAACUUCGUAGGCGCCAAAAACCAGUUAGCAGAAUUAGAAGAAAGCAUUUAUUCUAAUGAAGGACAAGAAGCAAUAAUCUCUGCCUGCAGUACCACAGGAAUAAAUUUUCAUUUUAUUCCACCAAGGGCUCCACACUUUGGCGGUUUAUGGGAAGCAUCCGUAAAGUCCGCAAAAUAUUUGUUACUACGCAGCGUUUCAACAGCAUCAUUGACGUAUGAAGAACUCGAAACAGUAGUGGUGGAAAUUGAAGCGAUAUUAAAUUCACGACCAUUGACUCCAAUGUCCAAUGAUCCAACUGAUUUGACAGCAUUAACUCCAGGACACUUAUUAAUUGGAGAAGCUCUUACAACUCAUGUAGACAGCCGAUCGAAACCAGAAAAACACACGUUAUUGUCACUUUGGAAUCUAGUUUCCCAGUUAAAACAUAAUUUCUGGAAACGCUGGUCUAACGAAUAUUUGAUGGAACUGCAACAACGUAACAAAUGGAAAACACAAUCUGCCAACAUACAGUUAGGAGACAUGGUUAUAAUCAAAGAAGAUAACGUCCCAGUGAUGCAGUGGCCCUUGGGACGAAUUGUACAUGUGUACAAGGGUACAGAUGGACAUAUCCGAGUAGCUGAUGUUAAAACAUCGGCAGGCAUUUUUAAACGCCCAAUUCAUCGAUUAGCUAUACUGCCUGUAAAUACAGAUGAUCAACCAACAAUGGCUGAAGCUGAUCACGAAGUACCUCCUGACAAGUUAAUUAUGAAAAAUAGAAAAGAGUCGUAUGAAGAGCCCAAGACAAAACGUAGAAAACUGCCGACCAAUUUGUACUGUUCUGUAUUACUUACACUAUUACUAAAUAUAAUUAAUUAA